AAGACGAAGUGUUUUUCACACGUUAACUGUUUGUAUGAAAAUAAGAGCUAGACAAUAACUGUAAUUCCACAAUAGUUAUUCCCCACAGUUGAGACGUUGAUGAUAUAUAAUCUAGCUAUACUAUACUAUACAAUUAUAUAUACUAUACUAUAGCCGCUAUAGCCGUAGGCUCGUAGCCAUAGCCAUAGCCGUAUGGCUAGCCGGAAAGAUUUAAAAUCAUAACUAUAAGUAAAAGUGGUAGAGUUUAAUAAACAUUACAGCUUGGACCAGCUUGGUGAAUUGAGAAUUACAUUUUUCAAUCUGUCUCUCAAGCUUAUCGAUAAAAAAACAUUACACCAUGUACCACCAGUCGAUAGACAUGAGAAAUAUUGCAGGACCUGCUGUAUAUUACUAUAAUCUUGCGCGUUCUUGAAUAUAUUAAGGCUUUGUUCAAUUUCUUUUAAUGUUGAUAUCAUCAAGGCAAAUCGUUAUGGAGAUGCAAGAAGGCAAAUACACGAGACAAACGUCACAAAAUUCAACGUCACCAGAAGGAGCUGGCACAGCAACAAGACCAACGGAACCAACCCAGGCCCAGGGCCAGGGUGUCAUAAUUAUAAACUCUGUAACGAUGGAAGACAAAAUGGAUCGUUCUAUCGAAGAGCCACUUGUUAAUGAUAACCCGAAUUCCACUGGUGUUAACAGCGGGAAUAAUACCUCUAUUAAAGUUCAAGUUAACAAUAGUAGCGUUGACGGAAAGAAGCCUGCAUAUGACAAUGUAAUUGCAAACCCUGGAUCUGCCAACAAGUUACAAGAUGCAGUCAACUUGUCCUGGGAAGAUAUCAAUGUCUUUGUUACCCGAAAUCAGGGCAAGUGUUGUGGACUGGUUGGAAGCAACAAAGAUGAAGGAGACGUCUUACAUAUUCUGAAGAAUGUGGCUGGAGAGAUCAAAGCUGGAUCGCUUGUCGCUCUUAUGGGUUCCAGUGGCGCGGGAAAAUCAACUUUAUUGAACGUGUUAUCCCAUCGCAACAUAUCCAGUAUCGAAGUGUCAGGAACCGUGUUUAUAAAUGGCAACCCAAUUAGCGAUGAAAUCAAUAAUAUGUCGGCAUAUGUUCAGCAAGAAGAUUUAUUUAUUGGAACAUUAACUGUUCGUGAACACCUGAUGUUUCAAGCCUUACUUCGAAUGGACAGAUAUAUUCCAGAAGACGAAAGAGUAAGAAGAGUGGAAAAAGCAAUUACCGAGUUGGGGUUGGCAAAAUGUUCAAAUACGUUGAUAGGAAUACCGGGACGUCUUCGUGGUAUUUCUGGAGGAGAGAAGAAAAGACUCUCAUUUGCCUCUGAGAUAUUAACCGACCCUCCGUUGUUAUUUGUUGAUGAACCAACCUCUGGACUUGACUCUUUCAUGGCACAAACCGUGGUUGCAACACUUCAUAGUUUAUCACAGCAAGGAAAGACUAUCUUGGCCACGAUACACCAGCCUUCUUCAGAAGUCUACCAAAUGUUUGAUAACAUAAUUUUGUUAGCUGAUGGUCGUUUGGCGUACGUUGGCUCCAGAGAGGACGCGGUUCCAUACUUUGAAAGGAUAGGAUAUCAAUGUCCAAUAAACUACAAUCCUGCCGAUUAUUUUGUUCAAAUUCUCGCGUUUAUUCCAGAGAAAGAGGAGGAGUCUAAGGAAAGAAUUAAGUUUCUCUGUGACAAACAUGAUGAAGGGAAAACUAGUUAUGUUAAAAAGCAGCCAACGACUGAACGUGUGAAUUCCUUUGAAACAAAAAUACUUAACUCUGGUCGUAGGUAUCAAGCAGGAUGGUUUAAACAAUUCCGAGUUUUAUUUUAUCGAGCAAUGUUAAGUGCAAAACGUGAUAAAAUGGUGUCCGUUAUCAGAAUCAUGCAAUCUUUGGUACUUGGUGUUGUCGUAGGUUUGAUAUAUUUACGCCUGUCAUACAACCAAGAAAACAUCCAGAAUUUUGCAGGGCUGCUGUUCUUUAUCGUCACUAAUCUCUCGUUUGCUAGUCUACAAGGCGUUAUUUUUGUUUUUCCUGUGGAGGUUCCUGUAUUCUUAAGAGAACACAAGAAUGGAAUGUAUCGCACUGACACGUAUUAUUUGGCCAAGACGUUGGCUGAGGUUCCUAUAUUCUCAUUCGCUGCUGUUUUAUUAAUUACUAUAUGUUAUUGGAUGGCAGGGCUGCGUGAAGAAGCUGACGCUUUCUUCGUCUGUGUUGGUAUUGGUGUUUUAAUCGUUAACACAGCUGCGUCUUAUGGUUAUGCCAUUUCUACGAUGACGUCAUCGGUCGAGACAGCCACAGCGCUUGGUCCAGUUGUAAUGUUGCCUCUACUUCUUUUCGGUGGUUUCUUUGUAAACAACGACACUGUUCCUGAUUAUUUCAUUUGGUUGCGUUAUUUGUCAUGGUUCAACUAUGGCUUUGAGGAUUUAAUGAUUAAUCAAUGGGAUGAAUACCCUGGCAAAAUUGAAUGUGGUAAUAAGAAUGGUACCUGUUUGACAUCGGGUAGUAUGAUCCUUGAACGUUAUCAGUUGCACGAGGAGAAUUUCUACCUGAACAUUUAUUAUAUGGUUGCUCUACUCGUAGCCUUCAGGCUAAUUUCUUUUUCAUUGCUAUAUAUUCGAGCAAGAAAAAAGGAUUGAAUGUUGCAUCUAUAAACUUGAAAUUUGCGAUCUGUUCAGUAACAGAAUGACGAUAGUCACAAUUUCCAUAAUAGCUUGGCAGUUGAAUGUAUCUUGUUAAUGGCCUGAUUUAUUGACCUAUUCGUCAGGACGUGGGCAAACAUACUUCGUCAGACAUGUAUGUACCAACGUCACUUUCACAGCUCAAGAAUUUUGGAUUUAAGACGAGUCACGAGUGUCAUGCUGAAUCCGCCCUGCCUAAUAUCCACGUCACGUGUUUAACAUGAAUUCAGCAUGCCAUAAACAAUUAGCGCGCUUUUCGUUCACAUGAUUAAGUCGAUCCAAUUGGUGAAUGAGACCAACCUUUAGGAUGAAACAAAUUGGAUGAAACGUGGAUGAAAAAAAUUUUAUUCAACUUUCCCUCUUCCACAUAGUGUCUUUAGCGGCGCCAACGAGAGCGCGUGAUGAUUCAGAAGGGAUCGCGGGCUUUGGUUACGAAAUUGCGCUAGUUGCCUGGUAUUCAAGGGCUCAUAUCAGGAAUCCAAAUAAAUUGUAGGUAAGGCCUGCUUCAGACGUCCAACUUUUUAUGCGCCGAAUCGAGUGCAAGUGAACUUAAACAAAGACUUUAGCGCAUUAACUGAUUAGGUUCGGCACAUGAAAAGUUACGAGUCCAACAGGCCUGCAACCCUCAAAACACAAAACAAAAUCAUUUACAUGAUUUUAAGGUCAAAACCCAUACUGAGUUUAUUUUGUUUUGGCUGUGUUUUACAAAAAAUUUAUCCCAUUCUUCUAACAAUAUUAACUGG